AUAACAACAUGGCGGCUCACUUCGAAUGAAUGUAAAGACCCAAACAGAGGCUUUUCUACGCUCAGCAGGUCGCGAGCCGCGCUGUUUUCGGCCCCUGGAGACAGUUGACGGAAUAAUGAUAACCGUUGCUGUGACAGUGAGACAUGUCGGAGCCGGGGACAGAAGCUGCUGCCUGCGGCUCUGAGUUCUCCGAGCUGUGGAGGAAGAUCUCUGAAGUCGACCGGUCCAAGAGAGGCACGCAGCGGAUGCUAGCUACGGCAGCUUCUCCUGGACGUAACGGCGAGGAGGAGAAAAGUAGUUCCGAUCUGCGGAGUCCUCGCCUGCGAGGCAGCAGCAGAUUCCUUGGCUCUAACGUGACAGAGUCUCCUGGAGAUGUGGAGCCUUCACAGGACAUUUUCUGGGACGGCGCAUCCCCAACGCACACUGGUCAAGGUUACAAGAACACCAGGGCUGUGAAAAUCUCUGAUAUUGUCAACCGCAUUGCUCCGAAGAAUAUAAAACCCAAAGUGACCGAACCCUCGCUGCUGCACUGGCUCGACGAUGGUGCGACCCCUUACAGCCCUGACGUUCCGAAGCAACGAGUCCGGAAAAGGUCUUCCAGACAGAGCAGUGUGGAGGAUCUCAUGAAACUUGCCAAGCAAUUCGACAAAAACAUGCAACAAGAUGAGACUUCCGUCCAACAGAACACCGUCACCGGUAAACUUUGUGACACUGUGGACAUCUUUGAAAGCAAAGUCAAAGAACCGAGGUGUCCAUCUUUGUCGGAACAAGCGGAGGCAGAGCUUCGGGCUCUGUUUGACUCGUCCACCCAGGGAAUCAGCGGCAGGUUGAGCGAAGGCUCGGUCUCUUCUCAAGACAGACAGGACCUCGUCGAGACUUUACCCUUCAUUGACCAGAGAAAGUCAGAACCCAAACCAGCUGAUAAGCAUUCCACAAAUAACUUGGUUGACUUUGAGGAUGACUGGGACAAUGACGACCUCCUCAAUGACUCCUUGAUCCUGGCACUGACGCAAGAUCCAAGCAAUCCUCCUAAGACCUCAGCAAAGUCUCACACAAACACUGCUCUCCAGUCAACUGCGAAUAAGAAGCCGGAGAACCCGUGUAAAACGAGUUUUGGUUUGCUGCAGGACCUGUGCCCCAAAACAAAAACUUUUAAUCGUAGCACUUUUAAGUUGGAAUCCAACCCUCACUUUCAAACCAUACUGGAUAAGGAAGCUGCCAAGUCCGGUUCCACCGCUGUACAACCCAAAUCAAAGAGCACAGAGCAGAAACCUGCUGCCACAAAGACGGACUCCAAUCCCAGAGGUGAAAAAGUUACGAAUGGGGAGAAGUUUUUUCUGCAGGCCUCUUCGGUUAAAGUCGUUUCGGACAGCUUAUGGGACGACGGCGAUGACGACGCCCUCCUCUAUCAGGUAUGCGACAGCGUGGAGAGGGUUUCCACCAGCCAGCCGGAUGAAGCGGCUCCAAAAAUCUGUGAGGGACAAAAAUCGAAAGGGCCUGUGGACGGACGGCAGAACACGAGAGACCGUCAUUUCAAUGCCGAAUCCUGUGGAACUUCUGGUGUCGGUGCGAACAGACGAUCAUCGGGUUCUUUCGUUCGUUCCCACUCGCUGCCGUUGACUUCCUGUUACACUGGAAACUUCCAAGGAUGGAACGUUCCUCUGAAAGGCGGCGACAACACAUCGGGGAUUUCUCAAAGCUUCCCGAGUAGCCGAGGUGGUCCGGGUGGGGAUUUCUCCCAUGGCAACGUGGCUAUGAAGCCUCAUCCAGCGAUGACCAGAGUCGCCCAGAACUCCAUGUCCCAGCAUGCAGCAUUCAAGAGGAAUGUGUCUGACUCAGCCAUCACAAACAACAAAGUUUUUGUCACCAGUCAGAACGCAGGGAAAUGCUCUGCGGCGGAGAUCGAGAGGAAGAAGCAGGAGGCUCUGGCCCGGAGGCGGCUGAGAAUGCAAAACGCUUCGAAACCUUAGAGGAGAUCCAUCCCGACUGACAAAAACGUCUCGUGAUAAGCUGAUUGCCUGCAAGCAAUAAUCAUGCUGAUAAUCAGAUUAUCAUUUCAAACCAGCAGUGGCCUUACUUUAUUUCAACUAAAAUAGUUCCAGUUAAAGAAACGAUGUGGAGCUGCUCAGACAAAAUGAUUAAACUAUGACUUGAAGAAUAGUUUAAUUCCUUGACUCUAAACAUGUUUAUGGGUGGGAAAAAAAAUUAUAUUUUACUAAGAUUGGUCCUACUUGUUAUUAUUUGAGUCUCAUGUUGAUUUUGUUCAGAUUUGAAUAAUUGCACCUCGUAGUUGCAUCUCGUUUUCUACAAAUGUAUAAAAGCUAAAAUGCAGUUAAGAUAAUGGUAUCCUUCAUUUGGUUUAUGCUGUACAGUUAAAAAUUUGUGGAUGUUUUCUAUUGUCUGAGUGACUGAAACUGUUCUGGUUCAUGUUUUAUAAAUCAACAGUCAAGACUUUGAUGACUUUAGCAGAAUCAGCGUUUUGAACAUUGCUGUAGCAGACGCUAGCGGAAAGUCUGUAGCCAAUGUCUGAUCUAUUUUGAACCUUAAAGUAAGUUUACGCUGAAGAGACUGAUUGUGAGAAGAACAUUUUUGAAUAAAUCUUGAUGUGACACUUUUUUUCCCUUUUUUUUUUUUCCACAGAUCUGAACCAAAUAUUGUGCAAAACCUGUGCAGGCAGCUGAAUCUGUGAUUUUUCUUUUAACACUGCACUCCCUGAAAGUUUUUUUCACAAUCAAAAGCAAAAAAUAAACACAUUGAGUUAUUUGUU